UUGAUUCGGCCUGUUAUUAUGUCAAUGUCAAUAACAUGAAAACAAAACGAUGUCAGAACAGUCGGAAUUAUCGAAAAUUGUAACAAUUACAUGCAAACAGCAAGUUGUUCGCGCGGUUCGUUUUAAUGUAGACGGUUCUUAUUGUUUAACUUGCGGUGCUGAUAAGAAAAUAAAACUCUGGAACCCACACAGUCAACUAUUACUGAAAACUUAUGGUGGGCAUGCGAAUGAAGUCCUUGACGCUGCCGGUUCCUGUGACAGUAGCCACAUUAUAUCAUGUAGUUCUGAUAAAUCUGUUAUAUUAUGGGACGUAACGACAGGACAACCUUUACGACGCUAUAGAGGACACGCAAGCUCAGUAACAUGCGUCAAGUUCAACGAAGAAUCCACAAUGGCUGUAUCUGGUUCCGUAGACAACACUGUAUGUUUUUGGGACGUUAUCAGUCGAAGGCAGGAGCCCGUUCAAAUAUUAAAAGACGCAAAGGACACUAUAACCUCUAUACAAGUUACUGAUCAUGAAGUAUUAACUUCAUCGGUAGAUUGUCAUAUGCGUUUGUAUGAUUUGCGAGUGGGAAAAAUGUUCUCAGAUUAUAUUGGUCAUAUCAUAACAUAUGGCAGUAUGACACAUGAUGGCCAGUGUUAUAUAUUAAGUUGCACAGAUAAUACAAUAAAGUUGUUUGAUAAAGAUUCCGGGGAAAUAUUAAAUACUUUUUCUGGUCAUGAUUCUAAAGACUUUUUGUUAGAAAAUGCAGUGAAUGAAAAAGAUAGCCAUAUUAUCUCUGGUUCGGCAACUGGAGAGAUAUUUUAUUGGGACCUGGUAUCUAGUAGAUGCAUACAAAAAUUAAGACAAGGAUCUAAACCAGUGGUGUCUUUAAGUCACCAUCCUACUGAUAAUUAUUUGUUAUCGUCUAGUGAAGAUGAAGUUGUUUUAUGGGGUGUAGCAAAGGUUGAUAAUUAAAUAUUAAUAGACAAUA